AUGGGUCCUAAAUCUGUUCAAAUCUCUCAAGUACCUGCCACCGAUGAUUUAAUAAAAUUAGAUAUUCCUAUUGAUGCACAGCCUAUUUCAGAUCCAAUCUGGAGGGGAGAUUUGCUCUUCUGCAAUAAAACUAUUGGACUUCUGGCCCAUUUGUCCAAUUUAGCAUCCCCCAAAGUUCGGGAGGAGACAGAACUUUUCCCAGAAGUGCUUUCCGCCGAUUUGCCUCCCAGAUCUGAGGUGUGGCCUAAUAGCUUCAAGAAGGAAGGACCAACUGAUAAGAGUAUUGCUCUUUAUUUCUUUCCCAAGGAUAAAAGAUUGUCUAUAAAGGCCUUUGACACGCUGGUUGAUGAUAUCAUUCGCACUGAAGCUGCCAUAAGAGUUGUGACUGAAAAUGCUAUGCUUUUAAUGUUUCCUUCCACCUUGCUUCCAAUACAACAUCAGAAAUUUCAAACCAAGUAUUACUUGUGGGGUGUCUUCAAAAAAAAGCAAACUUCAAAAGAGAAAUGA